AUGCCCAUUGACUACUCUGGCUACUGCUACACGGCGCUGAGCAACACGUCGCUCCAGUCAUGCUGCACGACGGCCAACAACGCGAGCUACGCCGACGUGCCGUGGGGCCAGUUCUUCCACGCGCACCCGAACCUCACGUCGGCCCCGCAGAGCGUCACCGGGGCCGUGGUGCACACCUGCACCAUCCCCAACUGGAACUACACGGGCAACUUUGUCAACUGCACCUACGAGGACGUGUCCCACGGGCCCACGAGCAACCUCAGCCGCGUGUGGUGCUUCUCGGUGAUGCCGAUUGCCCCGUCGUCUGAGGUGUCGGCGUCGCCUUCCGCGCAUAGCACUGGCUUCCCACGGCUUGGGAAGGUUGGCACGCUCCUCGCCUGUGCCUUUGUCGCUGCUUCGCUCGUGGCGCUCUAG